CUGGUCAGGUGGUGCUUUAGAUCUGCAGAGAUUGAUCCAAGAUGCUUGCUGCAAGGCUGGUGUGCCUUAGGGGCCUUCCUACCCUUGUCCACCCAACUCCAGCUCUCAGGAGUACGCCUCUGAAAUCAAGCCAAUGGCUCAUUCAGCCUAACAAGGGUUAUGCAACAAAAACUAAAUUUGGAAUACGUGGUAAAUCUGCACGUGAAGGGAUAAAGGAGGCUGCUUUUGAGCCAUCAAUGGAAACAGCAGCUCGUUUUGAUGCAACAGGAAGAUUAUUUGUUGCUGGAGGUGCUGCUGUUGGUCUUGGAGCACUGUGUUACUAUGGCCUUGGGAUGUCCAAUGAAGUUGGUGCAAUUGAGAAAGCAGUCAUUUGGCCUCAGUAUGUGAAGGAUAGGAUUCGUUCCACUUAUAUGUACUUUGCUGGCAGCAUCGGUCUCACAGCCUUGUCUGCAGUUGCUGUUAGUAGAUCUCCAGCUUUGAUGAACCUCAUGAUGAGAGGAUCCUGGCUGGCCAUCGGAGCAACAUUUGCAGCAAUGAUUGGAGCUGGUAUGCUGGUUAGGUCAAUAUCUUAUGACCAAAGUCCUGGUGCCAAGCACCUAGCUUGGAUGCUACAUGCAGGUGUAAUGGGAGCUGUGGUUGCACCAUUAACAUUACUUGGUGGCCCUCUACUUGUCAGAGCUGCAUGGUAUACAGCUGGCAUUGUAGGCGGAUUGUCAACAGUAGCCAUGUGUGCCCCAAGUGAAAAAUUCCUGAAUAUGGGUGGAGCACUUGGUAUUGGUUUGGGUCUUGUUCUGGCAUCAUCUAUUGGAAGUGCAUUCCUUCCACCAACAUCUGUUUUUGGUGCUGGUAUGUACUCAAUUGCUGUUUAUGGAGGCCUAGUUCUGUUUGGCAUGUUUCUAUUAUACGACACACAGAAGGUUAUGCAUCGAGCAGAGUCUACACCCAUGUAUGGUAUGCUGAAAUAUGACCCUAUCAAUUCAUGCCUGGGAAUUUACAUGGACACCUUGAACAUCUUCAUCCGUGUAGCCAUGAUGCUGGCCUCUGGAGGUGGAAACAAGAGGAAAUGAAUCACCACAGCAGUCAUAAUCACUUAUUGAUUGCCUAGAGCACUUUACUCAACUCCUGGACCAUAAACGCGUGCUAAUAUGAACAUCAUCAACAAGAUUAUGUUUAUAUGGUGGGAUAUAACCACAAUUGUGUUGAUUGAAGCUAUUUGGGAUGGCUUUACUUUGAAUAAACACACAAUUCAUGAGUAUAAUUUAGGUAAGCAUUAAGUGGCACAGAACUAUUCAUUUCUUCAGCUAUAAGAAACAACUCGGAAUAGAAGGUGCAGUGUAAAACUAUUUUACAUCUUGAAAUUAAAUUGCACGGGUAAACAUUGUAUCUUCAGAAAAAUGCCUUUUACUCUGUGUGGGAUGCUGAGCUUGAGAAGAUUUGUUUGCAAUUUUCUGUUAGUAAUAAAAAGUAAUUUAUAUCCAGGCAAUACAUUUAAAGCAUAUUUGCAGAGGCAGUAGCCAAGCAUUCAUGCCUAUCUUACAAUAAAUUGUAUCCCUUUCAAUCUUCUGAAACUGCUUUGAAAAUAAAAAA